UCCUGGUUGGCAAAAAACUAUUCUUUCAAGAGCUGGUAAGGUUGCUCUGAUUAUCAGCAUUUUAUCAAGCCUGCUUGUUUAUUAUAUGUCUUUGUUUGAGAUGCCUAGUUCUGUGAUUAAUAAAUUGGAGAAGAUAAUGAGGGACUUUCUUUGGAAUGAUAAUAAAGGUAAAAGGAAGAUUCAUCCUAUCAAGUGGAGGGCUUUAUGUAGGAAGAAGAAAUAUGGUGGCUUAGGUAUCAAAAAUUUGAAAAUGACUAAUCAAUCUCUGCUUUCUAAAUGGUCUUGGAGGUAUGCUAAUGAAGAUGAUGUUCUCUGGAAGAAAAUUGUGGAUGAAAAGUAUGGUGUUGGUGAUGUUUUUUGGACUUCUAAAAUGCCAAAAUGUAUUUAUGGAAGAUCUGUUUGGAGGGCUAUCAUGAAGUCAAACUGUAUUUUUUUGAAGUAUGUAAGAUUCAAGGUGAAUAAUGGUUCUCUGUUCAUUUGGAGUCUAAAGUGCCCUCAUAAAGUUGGUUUUUUCUUAUGGAUUAUUGCUCAUGAGAGGCUACCAACUAGGGACAUGAUGUUAAGAAGAAGAAUUGAUGUGCCAGUCAAUUGUUUGUUUUGUUCUGCUACUGAAACUACUCCACAUCUUCUUCUGCAUUGCGAGUUUACAAGAAAGGUAUGGGACUUUUUAUCUGCUAAGUUGAAGUGGUUGUUUGCUAUGCCUAUGGACACUAUGCCUGCUUUGCAAGCUUGACAGCUGCAUUUCUCUGACAAAGUGAAGACUGAGGUUUGUAAGUUGGUGCCUGUUGCUAUAAUCUGGUGUGUUUGAAAAGUAAUAAGUGGUAAAGUCUUCUCUGACAAGCACAAUGAUGCAAUUGUUGUUGCUAAUAAGGAAGUUUAUACCUUGUUCACUUGGGCUCUUGCUUUCAAGAUUUUUGAGGAGGUUGAUGUUAAGGAAGUAAUGAGAAAUUGGAGUGCAAUUUACUUUGACAUUACUUAAGUGCUAUUAGUCUGUUUCUAGCACUUUCUUUUCUUGUUUUGGUUAGGAUUGUAUAAUCCUUGUAUACCCUCUCUUCUUUUUUUUUAUCAAUAAAAUCUU